AUGUGCAUGUCGUUGCGUGUGUGCUGGUGUUCGUUGGGGGAUUUGGCGACGGUCUCUGCCCUGCAGAGAUGGAGGGGCGGGUGGGCGAGAAGAGGACGCGGUGGCGCAGCGAGAAGGCAGCGAUGGGAAGGGGGCGGGGCAAACAUGACUGCGCGCCCGCCUCCGUUCCCUCGCUGUGAAUGGGACUCGCGCAGGCGCCCCUGCAACAGUGCAGAGAGACGCGACACGAAGCCCCAGGCGGUUGGCCCGCCGCCGCUCUGCACAGUCUCUCCCUGUCCUCGCUGUGCAAAGCGCAUUCCUGCGCUGCGGGGCGGGGCAGAAGCGGAGGUGCGCGAGGAGGGCAGCAGGCGAGGGGGGGCGUGGCCUGCCGGGGGGUGGCAAACAGCGCCCCCUGUCCUGCGCUUCUGUCGCUCCUCCGCUGCCGGCGCGGCGUGUCUCGCGCCCGCCGGCCUCCUCUCUCGUUUGGCUGCGUGUGUGUCUGCAAGUGGCCCCGCUGCUCCCGCUGUGCACGCCUCGCAUCCCCACGUGCGCCGUGGCCUCACCGCUCUCCCCCACCUCCUUUUAUCUCUCCCUCCCCCACUCCCUUGCACUCUCGCGCGCCUCUCUCACCCCUUCCCUAUAAGCCCGCGCACACGCAGUAGCACCCGAGCUGUUCCUCCGCGAAGAUCGCCGCUCUUGCCUACUCGCCCGCCUCCCCCUGCGCCCAGCUGCACAGCCUCGACCCCCGCGUCGCGCACUCAGCUGCCCACCACUGCCUCGUCUUUCCCGGUCUACUGUGGAGCGUCUGCCAAGAUGGAGUGGAGUGUCGGCAUCGCUGUCUACGCGGUGGUGCAGCUCAUCGCGUUCUUGUUGGUGCUGGUGGGUACGCCCAUCGACAUGUAUCGGUUUAGACCGCGGUAUAUAACUCAAAACACCACUGUUACAACUCUUUGGGGCGUGAAGAUGGGUGGUUUCAACCUUACUAACGUCAUAACAUCCGACUAUUUGUGGAGGAGGUGCACGAACCGGCGGGACCGAUUCCGCGUAGCUCAGGUGUUCGCUGUGAUCUCCAUCUUCGUGUACGGCGCGGCGGCGGCAUUGGGCUUCAUGAUGCUGUACUGUUGCUCCGUCUUCCGCUUGUUCUGCCUGGCGCUCAACAUUGUUGGUGCUCUCACGUUGUGCAUCGUCUGGGCGGCCGUAGUGGUGACGUACUACGUAAAGGACAACGAGUUUUGCUGGAAGGAAAGUGUUUUCUCCACUUAUGGCGCCGGUUUCGUUCUCCUCGUGCUGGCCUGGAUCCUGGAUAUCGUUAAUAUCGCAUUCCUGCUGCUUCCGUACACGUAUGCAGACCUACGUGGCAGCGUAACCAGAUACAAAAGUGCUGAAGAAUAG